CAGCGGAGGCGAGGAUGGAGCCCGGUACCCGGGCGUGAGCGAUGCCCAGGCUGCUGGGCGCGGUGCACAGGGUCCUUGUGGCCGCCGUGCGCGGCAGCAGCGGCGGGCUCGGCAUGUUCUACGCCGUGAGGAGGGGCCGCAAGGCCGGGGUCUUCCUGACCUGGAACGAGUGCAGAGCGCAGGUGGACCGGUUUCCUGCCGCCAGGUUCAAGAAGUUCGCCACCGAAGAGGAAGCCUGGGCCUUUGUCAGAAACUCUGGGAGCCCCGGUGGUUCCGAAGGGCAGGAAACACACGCACAGCAAGCACAGGUGAAAGCCAACAAGCGACACCGGGAGCCCCGGGCUGAUGGGGACGAGGAGAACGCGGAGCCCCGUGCGAAGCAUGUGAAACAGGACGUGGAGGCGGCACCUGCGGUGGCCAAGGACACGUUCUCCUACAUGGGGGACUAUGUCGUCGUCUACACCGAUGGCUGCUGCUCCAGCAACGGGCGCAGGAGGGCGCGAGCGGGCAUCGGUGUUUACUGGGGGCCCGGCCAUCCACUAAAUGUAGGCGUUAGACUUCCUGGGCGACAGACCAAUCAAAGAGCAGAAAUUCAUGCCGCCUGCAAAGCCAUCGGGCAAGCAAAGGCUCAGAACAUCGCUAAGCUGGUGCUGUACACAGACAGCAUGUUCACCAUCAACGGCAUCACUAGCUGGGUCCAGGGCUGGAAGGAGAAAGGAUGGAGGACGAGCACCGGGAAGGAGGUGAUCAACAAGGAGGACUUCAUGGAGCUGGACAGACUUGUCCAGGGCAUGGACAUUCAGUGGCUCGCCACACCCGUCAUGAGUGGGAGCAGCAACGCGGACAGUAGGACCCAGCCUGCGGGGAGUCGAUGCACGUUCCUGGCCAUUCGGGGUUCACAGGCAAUGAGGAAGCCGACAGGCUAGCGAGAGAAGGCGCCAAGCAGCCUGGAGACUGAGCGGGCCUGUGGUCCGUGGACGGGGUGUCCCCGCGGCGAGAGGGGAGGGGAGACACCGCCCUGCGUCUGCGAUGAGCGGUCAGGCUGUGGAGACGCUUUCAGGCCCGAAGCUCCUCUGACGUGUCGGGCGCGCUCUGUCGGGCCUGCUGUUCUCAUCAGACUUACUGCGGUCGGGACGAAACUUCGGGCUGAUACGUUAAUAAACGUUGGCUAAGCAGUACAGACAAGUCUAGAAGCUUUCUGAAAGUGCAGGUGCCUUCCACUGGGCAGGGCUGAGUCUCAGGAUUUGGGGGUUGGCUUGGGGCUGUGUGCAGCUCCCAGAAAGGCAGUGACCCCUGCGGAGGCAGCCUGCCAGGGCCCGCAGGGAGGCCUGGGUCUUACCUGGCCGGCACCGGGCACACCUGCACUUACGUAGCCCUGGCAACUCACCAUAUGUAGGAAAAGCUAUAACUUAAAAA